AUGGAAUUCCUCGGCAAUCGUGCUGUUCGAUCUCGCCCUGCCCUGGUGCGAUCGUGGGCUCACACCGGAAAUGCUGCGGCUUUUGAGUUCCUCGCCAAUCCGAAUAAUCUUCACAUUCCGAUCUAUUCCAGGGCAACGACAUUGAAGAAGACUGAAGCGGAAAAGGAGGUGUCAGAUAGUGUGCCGGGAGACGAUCCUGCUAUCUGCCGCGUCAAAGACUGCUUGAGUCAAAUUUACCAACAUUUGGAGCUGAUCAUGGCGCACCAAGCCGAGGCGCAAACACAGCCCGGAAUUUCUCUGCGCCCAAAAUCUGUCUUUAGAGAAACACUCGAAGGCUUUGAUUUCAUGGAUGUAGUCCAUCAUGAAGAAACACGCGCAAGACUCGCCACCCUCAAGAAGGCCGACGGAGGCUGGGUUAAGUUCACAAGAGAGAUUGGCGCUACCAUUCUGUUCGGGGGAGGGUUUGGCGACCUCUUCCAACCGAAGAGUGGUAUAGAAAACGGUAGCUCGUGUCUACUGCAUUCCUCUGUCCCAAAAGGAGAAAACUAUCUUGCCGCCUGCGUCACUGACUUGUUGUCCAUCAUCAAGAACAAUGGUGACAUCAGCCCUCGCUCGCGGCUCUUAAUCAAAUAG